GUUUAUCUCUGGGCUUCUCAUUGUCCAGGUAGAGAAGCAGGGAGUGGGGACCGCCACCGCAAGCUCUCUCUAUCGACCACUGAGCAGAUGAUGCCCUCUCGCAUGGCGACGAAGUUGACCGUUUGGCUUGAAAAGAUCGCAGGCUGCUGGCUGCAAGACCACGGACUUGAGGCUUCAAGCCUUUCCACCAAGGUCCCUUGUGUGCUUGGCGGCAGUUGAAUGGCCCGCGAACAGAGGAGCUUCUGCACCGCGGACCCAAGGAAUGCGAGUCUUGCAUGCGCGAGCAGGGGAGUGCCGAAUCGGAUUGAGUUUGGGGGCCGCGGCGUGCAGUCUUCCAGGAUAUACAGUACAUAUGUGUGUUGUCCAGUCCGCUAGACUUGGGGCCAUGCGUGGUGCUGCAUGGUGUUCACUGUUCAUCAUUGUCGAAAACGAUAAGGGUGUUCAACAUGGGCAGUUUCCGAGUCUGCAUCCAGUUUGGACUUCGUUGGUGGGGAUAACAACAACAAGUGGAUGCUUGACUCGCUCGCGUUUCCGGCAUCAGAUUUCCCUGAUUCCAGAGUUCACUGCCGUCCUCCUACUAAUUAGCGCAGAGCGCAAUCAGGGCACGGAGAGUCGGAGACAACCUCAAGAUAAUAGGUCAAGUGGGCGAGACACGCGCACGUGCUAUACUAGUACGUACCUAUACGUAGCUAGGCUAGUGUUCAUAUUACCGUGUGGGGUUCUACGUACCCCGGUGGAGGGAGGGAGCCAAGGCAGAGAAAACGUCUUCAGAGUGAAGACCGAGAGAAAUGGAGCCUGUCAGAGGAAACCCGAAAUUGGUCAAGACUCAGCAAUGAGGAGUCAGCGUCCCAGACGAUGGCAUGAUCCUCCGUUCAACAGCCCCUCGAGCCUAAGAGGACGCCUGCCGACUUCGCUCAACGCGCCUCUCGCUGCGCUCAGACCCCCCCGCGACAAGGAAAGGUGCCUUCGUACGUUCGUCAGGACCGGGGCCAGAUUUUCAUCAGUUAUCACAAAACGAGCAAGUGAAGGCGUAGUCAGUGCUGUAUAGCGCUCCAUAUAAAGGGGCAAAACGACAAAAAGCCUCUUGCAAGGGUCGAGGACCCUGGUCUGCCCGUCACUCACCCAUGCAUGAUGAUAAGUCAUGUGGAUUCUCAAAAGUUGACCGCAUCUGAGGAAGCCUCUGGUCGUCCACUCCAGAGAGACGGCCGCCUCAAGACUGAGUCUGGCGACGGUGCGCUGUGCGCUGUGUUCACUGUCCAUUUAUCGCGUUACGCCCCCCGGCAUUUACUCCACAGCAGGGAAUCCUGACAUGAUGAUGCUUGGCCUCGACGAACGUGCUGUCCUUGGGCCUCGACAGGACCAUUUUAUCUCCACCUCGGUCGUGCCCGUCUGGCGCCUUCGCAACUAGUGCCUCCACUGGAGCGGCAAGAGGCUGGUAGUUAGUGCGAUUCCUGGUUCCCAUCCCAG